AGGAGAGGGAUUUCCUAGCUUUGUUACUUUUGUUGUCAAGGAAAUGACAUAUAUCACUAAUGAUGAAUCUGCGCAAACGUAGAACUGGAAAGAAAACAGAAUGCGAAUUUGAUUGGUUAUUUUGGACGGAUUCAGUACAUUUUUAAAUACAAGCACUUCUAUUGGCCAAAAAUGUCAUAUAAGAAACGAACUCGUGUAGCACAGUAUUUCAGUGAUUGAUAGCAGGUGAUCAUCCUUUUUGUCUUUCUACUCUCCCGCUAGUCUAUUUUACCUUUGGAGUAUUUGUUAAGUGAAAUUUAAAGUAUGACCAAGACACAAUUAUUCUUUGAAAUUGAAUUGAUGAAAGUAGAAAAAAUGAUAAGAGGAAGUGAAAAUACAUAAAUACAUUAUCUUUAAGAAGAGUAUCAAUGUAAAAAAGCGGGAAACACUAUUUUACCAUUAAACAAAGAAAUUUUAUAUCAAUAACAUUCGAGGAAACUUCGCCUUCGAAACAACGUAUAUUUGUAUACCAAAACAGUAUUUUUUCAAUUUUUAUUGGUUGUUUAAAUAAAUUUUUCUAAUAUGGCAAAUAGAAGGAAUAAAAAUAGAUCUGCCGUAGUAUAUAACACGCACUGUACAAGCUUUAAAGUAUGUACACUACCGAACUUACCAAAUUUUAGACCACCAGCUGAGUUGUCUGCAGUGUUAAAUAAGACAAGUCCCAGAAAUAAUAAAUUAUACGAUGGUUAUGUAAAAUUUAUUAACUGUCUUCCACACAUAAAAAAGAUAGAACCUGAGUAUUACUCGAUACUGUUUAAAAUGUUAUUAUACUUGGAAGAGCAUGAACUUCAAUUAAUUCUUGCAAGACACAAUUUGAAAAAUCAGAAACUGAGAUGUGUUUCUGAUAAAUUUGAAAUUACAGUGCCUACUUUAAAUGAAGAUGACCCGUUUAUUAUUAUUGGUGAUAAAUUAACUGUUAGGUCAAAAGACUUAAACUACUUACAUAAUUUUAAAAUAAUAGAUAUUGUACAGAAAAACGUAUAUGUAGCAAUACCAAAUGAAUUUUCUGAAUAUCUUACAGAUGAAGUUGAUAUAUCUUUUCAUAGUGUAAAUUGGCCAUUAAAAUGUUAUCAUUAUGUCUUAGAUACUAUGUGCUAUUAUAAUUUAGAAAAUUUAAUAUAUCCCAAAAUAAAUACAAAUCAUUAUACUUUAUCAAAAGUCGAUUUGGAUUGGGUUCAUAAAAGUAUAGUAAAUAAUGAAGAACAGAAAACAGUGGUAAAGAAUAUUUUGAACAAUUCAUCAUACCCUGCACCAUAUAUUAUAUUUGGUCCUCCUGGUACUGGAAAAACAACAACAUUAGUUGAAGCUAUUUGCCAAAUUAGGAAAGAAUACAAAUCAAAAAAUAUUUUGGUAUGUACAUCUUCAAAUGCAGCAGCAGAUGAAAUUACAAGGAGAUUAUUGUAUUUCCUUCCUCAUAAAGAUGUAUUUCGGAUUAGUGACAUUGACAAACAAAUUUAUCCAAAUUCAAAUUUUAUUAAUGAUAUGGUCCUUUAUCUACCAAAAGAAAUUUUUAUUUGGAAGAAAAUUGUUAUUUCGACACUUGUAACGUGUAUGAGAUUGGUGAACCUUAAAUUACGAAAUGAUCAUUUUUCGUAUAUAUUUAUUGAUGAAGCCAGUCAAACUAUAGAAUUAGAAUCAUUAAUUCCAUUUGUAAUUACAAAAAAUAAAACUGAAGCAAUAUCACAUGCGCAAGUUGUUAUUGCUGGUGAUCCUUACCAAUUGGGGCCUAUGAUUACAUGUAAAAAAAUUGAACAUUUACUUGGAAAAUCUUUAUUAGAAAGGUUAAUGGAAUGUGAACCGUAUCAAAAAGUAAAUAAUAAAUAUAAUUCACGUUACAUAACAAAAUUAAUUCAUAAUUACCGUAGUAAAGAAGCUAUUAUAUAUACGUCUAAUAAAGAAUUUUAUGAAGGUGAUUUGUUGUGUUUUAAAAAGGAAAGUACACACAGCAUAAUUUCAAAUUGGACACUAUUAUCAGAAAAAACAUUUCCUAUCUUAUUCUUUGAAGUUACAGGUGAAGAAGUGAGAACGCCAAACGGAAGUGUUUAUAACAAAACAGAGAUCGAUAUUGUAACAACAAUUGUAGAAAAAUUAAUGCAUUCCAAAAUUGGCAAUCGUAAAAUUAAAGAAAAAGAUAUUGGAAUUUUAACUCCAUUCAAGCAACAAAAAAUUAUGAUUGAAAAAUAUUUACAAUCAAAUAAUAUAACUGUCGGAACAAUAGAGACAUUCCAAGGACAAGAAAGAGAAAUUAUAAUUUUAAGUACAGUACGUUCACAAAUCUUUAAACACAACAAUAAGCGACAUAUCGGUUUCUUGUCCAAUCCAAAGAGAUCUAAUGUUGCUGUAACAAGAGCAAAAGAUUUAUUGAUAAUAGUAGGAAAUCCAUUUAUUCUUAGUGAAGAAAGAUAUUGGUAUAUUUUAUGGCAAUAUUGUAAAAAAAAUAAUGCAUGUAUUUUUGCUGGCGAAAAUCUUAUCUAAAGAUUGUUGAAGUUUUAAUAUAUAAUAAAAAAUUAUUAAUUAUUAGAACCCAUAGACUAUUUUUCUACAAGAGUAAUCUAUUAAUAUAUCACAAAGACUUCGUUUUUUUUAUUUUUUUUAUAUUUCAUAUUAACUUUGCACUCAAGCGGCGACUCUCAAUCGCCACGCGGUAACUCGAGUGACGAGUGAGAAGCGAUAGUAUUUAUGUUAGAUUUUGUUAAAACUUUAAGAGAGUAGUAUUGAUUCACGAAUAGAUUCCUUAGUUCUUUACAUAUCUUCUGGAAAGUGUAAAAUUAUACGGCUUAAAAAUAAAGAUAAGAUGUUCUAUUUCAAAACAUUCCGCGACAUAAAUGACAUCUCCGAUAUCAGAUUCAACGUUUGUGGCAGAAAUAUUACUGUUUCGAAAAUCUUGAAAAACUUUCCCUGUGAAAAUGAAUUUUAGAAGUCAAAUCAGUUCAAGUAAAGGCGAGUUUGAUUUUACACUGUUACGAAAUUAGCUUACAUUCAUAACGAAUUUAGUAAUACAGCAAAUGAAAGCAGUGAUGGAGAUAGUAACAUCGUAUUAGUAGUAAAAAAUUGAAAAAAUUAAGAGUCCAAAAAAUGGACAAUGAUUUUGAAUAUAGGAAUUAUAAAUAAAAUAUUAAAAUAUAAUUUUUGCACAUUAAUUUGUAUAUAAAAUUAUUUUAUAUUAGCUGUAAGGUGCGUAUCAAAUACGCGCAAAAUCGUCUCGAAGUGCUAUUUCGCUCAACAGAAAAAGUUGUCGAGUGUAAAGAAUUAAUAUUUGAAUAAAAUUUUAAUAGUUAAUUUCAAGUAGAACAAAAAUACAAAUAAAAUUUGUAUUUAAAACAUUAUUUGAAAACUUAAAAAAAUUGUAUAUUAAGUUUAUGAUUAACAGACAACUUUCGUUUAAAAUCGGAUAAUGUUAAAUAUUUAAGAAUCACUUAUUAUAAAUUUGAAACUUUAGUCAAUAAUUUUAAAGUUACUUCGUAAAAUAUAAGUUUAUUCUAAAAGAAGUUUCGCAGUACCUCCACUAAUAUCCUUAUUAAUACCGUGACGUACAGCAAAUUCAUGUUUUACACUCGCGAAAAGAAUAUCUGUUAGUAAAAAAAUUUGUGCUAUAGCAAAUGCUAAUGUGACUCCAAAAUAAAAAUUUGCAUUGGCUGAUCUGGAAUAAAUCCAUUGGUACCAAACAGUAGGUGCAAAGACUGUACAAAAUAACAUAAAACAGCCUACAAUAAAUCCUUGUUGUGUAUCUUGGAAUAAGUGUUUCCAUAGUGGUAAAAGAGAUAUAUAGAAUCCAACAUCUCCUAUGCAAGGAUAAGAUUUAAAUAUGGCAGUAACUGCUAAGUAAGAAAAUGCUAAUAACAUAGGAUCAUGUCGUAACCUUAAUGCCAAUGGUACUAUAUACAAUAAACUGACAUUUAUUUGAAAGGAAGCGAUGAAAAGCCAUCUAAAAUGUUCAAAUACUUCUGUGAAAAAAUACCAAUAAAGUCCAACAUUUGGACGUAAAUCAGGAACGGUUAGAAUAAAGCCAAGUGUGCUCCAAAGAAAUGACCAACUUCCCAUAAUAUAAUACGAAAUACCAAACAGAGUGGUUAUUAUGCUUGCAAAUACUAUAACAUAGUUCAUAAUAUUCCUUUUUUGUUUUAUACUAUUAGAAUGAGUAAUAUAAAUGAUUGCUGGCACUGUGAGUGAAACAGGAUAGAGUCCUUGUAGUGUUAAUAGAGAAAUUGAUAAACAAUUCCAAAAUAUAGAUCUUGUCAUUGAAACCAAUGCUAUGGAAUACAACAAAUUUGUGAAUACUGUUGUUGUAUGUCCAACACAGUUUAGUAUUAUAUAUGGAUUGAAUAAAUAUCCUGCUGAGACAUACAUCAUCGAAGUAUAUACUAUAGAUGCAUCAUUAUGAGUUUCUUUAUUUUCAUUGCACAAUUUUUCUUCUACUUUUUGUUUAGAAACCUAAAAUUAAAUUGUAUAUUGUUUAGCUGUAAGUCCAAGAAAUACUGCUGUUAACAAAUCGGUAAACACAAAUAAGCAAAAUAAGAUCCAUUGUGAUAGAUGUUGUUGUAUGAAAUUGAAAACAUAUAAUCCAAUGGGUGUUUCGUGAAACAAAUCUCCUACAUAGGGAUCAAUGCCACAAUUAUACAAAUACACUCCUUCAGUUACUCUCUUCCACGAAUUCAGUGCAGUAGAAACUUCCACACGAUCACUAAUAACUUUUUGGUAUUCAGAAUUCAUUAAUAAAAAUCUAAUAAUACCGGCUAAUAUAAAAUUUGAUAACCAUUGUUUCUUCAUUUUUCAAUUAAAUUAUGAAUCAUUUAUAUAUUCGUGUUCUACGAUCGGUAUUUUCGAUAUAUAAGCGGCAUUUAGACAGACAUACUACAUAUUUGCUUUGUUUAUUUAAGCAAUUAAUUUUAUUUUUAUUAUUUUUUAGAAUAUAAUCUUUGAUAGCGGUAUCUUUUUGCUUCAAAUUGCUGUUAAAGUUACAACCAAAACAUUGCAUGUAAACGACUUUUCUUUUCUUAAUGAGUCCAAUUUUGUUACAGUUACAAUUUAAAAUUCAACAUAUGUCAGAAAUCGUGAAACCGAUUUAAUAAUCGAAAUGAUAAAAUUAUUUUUCAUUUCAUUUGGACUCUAUUUAAAUCCCAUUUAUUUAAAUCCAGUUUGAAGAAAAUUUCAUGUAAUAAGUCUGUUUGAUGUAUGUGUGAUAUAUAUUAGUACCUAUGUUACACUUCCUUUUCAAGUCGAAAAUACGAAUAAAUAGAACAUGAAUAUAUAUAUGAAUGAUAAAUUGAAAACGUGUAAUUUAUAUUUUGUUUGUAAAAACUUGUAUUUCUUUUAAACUGUAAAAUGUUAUCAUUUUCUCAUUCGUAUAUAUUCUGCUUUUAUGAUAUUGUUAAUAAUCUACAUUACACAUAUGUUAACGAUUUUAUAUAUCGUUACAUACUUAUUAUGUAUUUGUUCCUUUUUUAAAUUAAGAUAAAAAGUCUGUUUUGCUUUAUCGAAUAUAAAAAAUUUUAUUUUUUAAUUAUAACAAAAAAAUGUGGAACGCUUCACGAUUUUGCGUGUCAUCCUUGCGCAGGGGCCAUGCUAAUCUUCUCUGUAUCGU